AUGGAUCAUACAUCUUUUUUGAUUAAAGUCUUGCAGAUGUGUUGCCCAUGUCUCUCUAAAGGAAUUGCAUUGGUGUCCAGAGGAGACUUCACCAACAUGGAAGCAUAGUUUGCAGAUUCAUCUGCAAAGCUUACUGAGAAAGUGAAACUGCAGUGCAUAUAUGAAAGAAAAAAAAAAAAAGCUGUGAUAAUCCAGACAUCCUGGAUGAAAUUUAAUGUAACUCAUAAUGAAAAUACAGCUGUCUUGCAUCCAAUCUGUGGCAUACAUAUCAAAGGCAAAUACAAUAGAAGGAUUUAUUUUAGAAGUAAGGACAAGUCCUUAUACUUCAUCAAAGGCAGUUUGGAAGAUGAUGGUCUCCACAAUAACUAAUUUUUCUCCAUUGUAACUAACCCAGGUGGAAUUUUGAAAAAGGUAAUAGAAAUUACUCAGUCUACAUGGAUCUUCAAGUUCUUCAUUAAUUAUUUUAGUUUUUGCUGGGUUUUGCAUUUUUCAGAUUUCAGACCAGAUGCUUUUGAAGUGCCUGAGAAACAAAAUAAUCCCAUGUUUACAAAGCCAGGAGGAAAUGUUGUUUUUACUCAUCCUUAUAGAAUAGGAGAUUCAGUGGAGUGAGCGAUGAGGGAGAGGAUUAAAGCAGAUUGGGUAGAUACGGUCAUUCCGUGCAACUCAUCAGGAAAGCAAAGCUUUGGUUCAGAUUUGGAAGAAUGUACACCAGUGGUUUGCUCUGAUCAGGAAAGCUCCAGGACUGUCUUUCAAAACAUUACAGCCUCUGACUUUGCGAUGUACUUCUGUGCAGCUGCUGGGAGAAACAAAAAUAUAAUGAGUUUUACUGUAGCUGCAACUUGGGACCACAAGUGGUUUAUUACCUACAUAGCUGAAGGGAUUUCAGCUGCUCUAUUGGUAUUAGAUUUCCUACUGAUCUUCUGCAUUACCACUGCUUAUCACAAAAAACAGUAA